AUUAAGUCUGCGGGUUAAUGAUACCACCGUUGACAAACGAGUUUUGUCCAGUCCAGCGACGUACCUCCUACGGUCACGUCAGUGAGGCAGGAACAGAACGGGAGCCUACGAAUCAACAUCGGUGCAUGCUGGUGACAGGUUGCCAUGGAGAAGCAGGCGGUGCAACGUGCCAAGGAGGCCUUCGUUACUGGGAGGUCGCGACCCUUGGAGUUUCGAGUUCAGCAGCUGAAAUCUCUCCUGAGAAUGAUCACAGACAGACAGGGCGAGAUUGCCACCGCACUCAAACAGGACAUUAACAGGAGCCAGUUUGACACGUCGCUGUUUGAGCUGAUAGGUUUGGAGAAUGAGAUCAACCUGGCUGUGUCAAAGCUGGCCCAGUGGGCUGCCCCCCGGCCUGUUGAGAGAAGUCUCCUCACCAUUUCAGACGAGGUAUACAUCCAACCGGAACCUUUGGGAGUGGUGCUCAUCAUUGGAGCCUGGAACUACCCCUGGGCUCUCACUCUACAGCCCCUAGUUGGGGCCAUCGCAGCAGGCAACGCAGCUGUUAUAAAGCCGUCUGAGCUGAGCGAAUACUCUGCUAGUCUUCUCAAAUCUCUACUCCCACGAUAUCUGGACCAGGAGCUGUACCCUGUAGUCUGUGGAGGCGUCUCGGAGACCCAGGAGUUGCUGCGUCAGCGGUUCGACCACGUCUUCUACACGGGGAACAGCACCGUGGGUAGACUGGUGAUGGAGGCCGCCGCCCGGCACCUCACCCCCGUCACGCUGGAGCUUGGUGGGAAGAGCCCCUGUUACAUCGACAAGAACGUCGACCUCAGAGUCGCCUGUCGGCGCAUCACAUGGGGGAAGUUUGUGAACUGUGGUCAGACUUGCAUCGCCCCAGACUACAUCCUGUGUGAGCCGAGCAUCCAGAACAGACUGGUGGAGGGCAUCCGGCAGACCCUUCUGGAGUUUUACGGACCCGACCCAAAAUCUUCGCCUGACUAUGGCCGCAUCAUCAACCAGCGCCAUUUCAACCGUGUGAUGGCUCUACUGGAAGGAUACACUGCUGCAGUAGGCGGGCAGAGUGAUGCGUCACAGCGCUACAUUGGUACUCAGACAAAUUCAGCUCCCACAGUGGUUAAGGACGUGCCUCCUCACGCCAGGCUCAUGCAGGAGGAGAUCUUCGGCCCUGUGUUGCCCAUUGUGACCGUCAGCGACGUCGAUGACGCCAUUCACUUCAUCAAUGAGAGAGAGAAGCCUCUGGCUCUCUAUGUCUUCUCCUCCAACAAGAAGGUAAUAAAGCGAAUGCUGGCCGAGACCACCAGUGGAGGGGUGACCGUCAAUGAUGUUAUGAUGCAAUACACUCUCAGCUCGUUGCCCUUUGGAGGUGUAGGUCAGAGUGGAAUGGGAAGGUAUCAUGGGAAGCACACCUUUGACCAGCUCAGCCACUUGAGGGCGUGUCUGGUCAAGUCUCUGGGCAUGGAGGGGGUCAACAUGGCGCGGUACCCACCCCAGGACCCUCAGAAAGCCCGCAGGGUCAGGUUGGCCAUGAGAACCCCGCUGGUUGACUUCUCUAGGGGCACCUACGUAUGGGCGGUCUCAGCCACCGUUGUGGCUGUGGGACUCCUGGUUGCCCUGACUGUGAUUCUACUACUAGCAGCUGGUAUAAGCUGCACCUGUUGGUGAUUGAUGGACUGACACUGGCGUUAAGUUGGCAAAAUUCCUGUAACUUUCCCCAAAUUUUUACAGUUAAAAAGGUUACCAAAAGUAGAGAAAGAAACCGUCAGUUGUGUGAUUAACAUAUACAUGUUUUUGUCUUUGAUUAAACCGCAGCAGUCUGCAAUGUCAUUAUUUCCUUUUGUACCUCAUAACCCCUGUCUGGAUUGUACACAAUUAUGAUUAUUGAUUUUGAUCUUUACUGUUGCAGUGUUAACAGACUUUUGUAUCUCCCACUGCAGUCACAUGCACUCCUGUUUCGACCUGAAUCACAUCAUAAUUCCAUAUCUAGUCCACUACAUUUGAAUAGGGCCCAUGGUGUCUAGUCAAAAGAAGUGCUCUAUGUGGAUUAGAAGGCCGUUUAGACAAUUCAUGCCAAAAUAAAUGACACCUCUUCCCUGAAGAGUUCUCCAUGAGGUGAGUUAAUGAAAACAUCUUCAUUUUCAGAUUUAGGGCUUAAAAUGUUACUUAAUAUUACAGAAUUAUAUGCUUUUCAUCAUCAUCAAAAUACAUUUGCAUGUAACAAAGGUCUUGCCCUACCUGUUUUUCUGGCGGUUUGAAAUGUGUGCCAACUAUUGUAUUAAAGUCUCAGACUUGUGUAAUACCCUUCAGUUCAUUACCAAAUGUUUGUGUAUUGUAGAUUGUCAUGUUUUAAUUUUACCCAGAAUUUUACCCAAAGUUUAUAACAGUGGCUUUGUAAGACACUCUGUUCAGGUUGUCGAAGACAGUUUUCUUACAUUAUAAACACCAGAUGGUAGCAGAGAGCUGGUCUGAUUUAAUUCCAAAUUACUUCCUGACAUUCUUGGGUUAUUUGUGGCCAAAACGGCACACUAUUCCUUUUUUUGUGAACUACUUUUGACUGGGACUUGGUGUCAUUUGGGAUGCACAGUUGCUUUUGUCAGACAUCUAGUAGCCUAGGGGUUAAUACUGGCAGCCAUUACAAAGUGUUCACUCAUUUCAUCAAUAUAAAAAAGUAUGGUGUUGCCAAUAAAUAAAACCUUUAGUGGUC